AAUAAUAACUUUUAUUACAUAGCAAUCCAAACCAGAUAAAAGAGAAGGCCAAAGAGCCUGAGCAUAAUAGAACAGCAUUAAAAACAUAUAUCAACAUUAUGCAAAAGGAUCUGACAAUAAGUGAAGAGAGGCAAUAAAAAAUGUGAAAACAAUAAUCAGGGAUAAAAUAAUAUCAAUAAAACACUUUAUCAAAGGCUAGGUAAAGAACAGAUUUAAAAGAAGUAAAUGAGUUACAAUGUCUGAUCUCAGCCAGGAGAGAGUUCCAGAGAGUAGUGGGAUCUAAUCAAAAGCCUGGUCACAAACCUUGACCUUGGGAUGACCAGCAGACCUCCUUCCACAAAUCUAAAUUCUUGGUUGGGCACAUACUAUGUCAAUAAAUCUGAUAUGUAACUGGGGGUAAAGCCAUUUAAAGCCUUAAAAUGGAGAUGAAUGCUGAUAGGAAGAGUCCCCUGACAAUGUUUUGCCUAGGGCCACACCGGGCUCCAGAAUCGCCCCUUACAAGGGAUGAAUUUUAUGUAAUUUUAACAGUCCUUUUAUGUAAUUCUAACAGUCCAGUGGACUUUACAAAACUUGGUGAUGGAUUGUUGUUUAUAAGUGUAAUUGUAAAGUUGUGGAAAACUGGAGAUUUUGAACAUCCUUUAUGAGAAAAAUAUCAGAAAAACAGAAUAUGAAAUAUAUCAAAAAACUGAAUACAUCCAAUAAUUCUAUAAUUUAGCCGAACAUUUUUAAAGUUUGAAUUUCUUUUGUUGAAGCACCUUGAAGGAGAUACGAGUCAAAAAAUUGUGGAAUAAUAAGAAUUGUUUUACCUGAGAAGAACAGUAGUGGGAUUGAGUUUGCAGUAAUCCAACAAACUCCAUGUGAUAAAGUUUAGCUUUAUCCAUAUGAGAAUGACCACAUGAAGAACAGAUAUUGUCUAUACUGUGAUCUUUUGCACAUCCUGCUCAGCAGUUUUGUCAACACUUUUGUACAUAGUUUUUUUUCAUUGUUUUAUCUUUUCAAUAUGUGUAUCUAUGUGUGUUUAUCUUUUUGACUGUUGCAGUAUUUUACCUUUUUAUUGUUAUUUCCUAUUAAUAUGUUUAUUGGAUACUUCACCAAACACCAAGCCAAAUAUCUUUUAAUUAAAAACCUACCUGACAAUAAACCUUAUUCUCUGAUUCUGCCUUUGUGAUGAUGUCAUCAUCCCUUCCUCAUGCUGCUGUAGCCUGACACCCAUGUGUCAUGCAGUAUCCCCUUACCUUCACAUUUUUAUAGGUAAAUAAAAACAUACUGUUUGCAUUACAAGUAUUCAUAAUUAGUUUCAGUGCUUUCAACUAUUUUAACUAUCAACAAUAAAUGCAUAUGUAAAUAAUAAAUUAUAAGGAACAUGGGGAAACAAUAUAAUUAACUGGACAGGGGAGAAGAGGUGAAAUGCUGCCCCCUAUGGAGGUGGAGCUAGUAGCACAUACUUACACAUUAUACUUUUAAAGUCAGAAUUCUAAAAAAAAGUUCACACAUGGCCCAUAUCCUCUUCCUUCUUCUACAUCAGUACCACUCCAGUACCAUGUCUCCAGGUUAUUUUUUUUCUGCUACUGUCACGAUACAACCUGCCUGUGUAUGAGUUGGCAGAGUUUUUGUAUUUGCUGUAAAAAUACAUAUGUAGGAUCAACACAAUAUUAUCCCACCAAGUCAAGUAAAACACUUAAUGAAGCACAUCAUGUUAGUGCGCCUUCAUUCUGUGGUCUGAAAACAUUGGAAAACUAAAUAAUACUCUGCCAAAUACCCCAUACACAAUAGUACUACAUAGUAAUAGUAAUACAUCCAUGCAAGCAGCGCUCCAACAUCCCGACACUGCUGCUGGAGUUCCUCUGAGCCCGGGGUGUGACGUCACUCUCCCAGAAUGCAUGGCUUCCAGCGCGGCGCCCAGUAGUCCAGGCCCACACUCCAGUAAACAUCUUUAAAAUUUGUUAAAAAAUGUCGAUGUGGAGAUGGAAUGGAGGCCGGACGAAGAGAGGGACCGAGGCACAAUCGGUCUGCGGAGAUGCUGAGCUGCUGCUGUGAUUCAGCUGCUGUGACUGAGGCUUUCAGGGUCUGUGAAUACUGAAGCUGACUGAAUCCACACAAGACCUCUCCUCAGAAACACACAGGUCCACUCAGAGUCUCCGGAGCUCCUCAUCACUGCUCCCCUUGUGGGGUUGCUAUGGCACCUGCUGUCACAGAAACCAAGUGCUGGAAACAGGCUUGCCCCAGUGAGGCAGGACAGACCACGAGUCAUCGCCAUCAGAAACCAUCCAGCAGUCAACAAGCAGCACUUAGCACUGAUUUUAGUCCUUUGAGUUAAGGAGCAGAGGUCUGCAGGCUGAUGGUGAGCUCUCUGACAACACUCAUGAGUCUUGUCUGUGUGCUCUCAGGCUCUCAGCCAGAGUCCCUGUGCAGCAGCAGAGCCAGCACUGUCCCUUCUGCCAGACCAUGUUCCACCAGCAGGACCCUCUGAAGACCCCCCAGCAGGAGAGCCACGCAGCCAGCAGGCAGCUCUUCCACUGCCACCAGUGUGGGAAGCAGUAUAACACCCAGCUGGGUUACAGACGCCACCUGGUGGCAGCCCACAGCGCCGCAGCAGGCCUGCCCUGCCCAGAGGGGGCGUCGUCACUGCUGGAGCACCUGGGCAGCCAUAUAGACCGGCCAGCUCCAUUAGAGGGCAACACGAACGCCACAGUGCCAGUGAGAGAGAGGAAGUACUCGUGUGAGCGGUGUGACCGCCGCUUCUACACCCGUAAGGAUGUGCGGCGUCAUGCUGUGGUGCACACUGGGCGCCGUGACUUCCUAUGCCCGCGCUGUGCUCAACGCUUUGGCCGCAGAGAUCACCUGACCCGCCACUUGAAGAAGAGCCACGCCCAGGAGUCAGGGUUGAUGCCACCUUGUGCUCCCAGUACCCCUGUCGCUACGCCGACCCCCGCCACGCAGUGCACCGUGAAGGAGGAGCCCAGCCCUGUGACCUCUGACCUGGUCCCCGUCUCCAAGGAGCCCUUGGAGACAUUCUCCAGGGACAUGUACAACUCCUACCCCAUGGCCAGUCCUGUCCCUGGGAUGGGCCACCCUCAUGGCCUCAUGCAGGGCUCCUUGUCCUCAGGCAUGGGUGUGGGUCGCCACAUGCCCCCCCAAUCUUCUCACCACCAUCACCUGCAGCCUCCAGGAGCGGCACAGCAGCAGUCCUACAGCAACAUGACAAGGUACCAGCACGGAUCUACCUCAUAUCCUCGCUCCGACGUGGACAGCUUCCUGCUGGACCUGCAGAGUGCCCCCCCACCUCACCUGAGUGCAGUCAAUUCCUCUACCUCUACUUCUGCCUCCCCCCAGAGGGAGGUGCUGGGUGAAGGCGUGGGCUCUGGCGGCGAGUCCCACCUGCUGUGCCGGAGUCCUGCUGUGUCCUCAGCCGAGCUGUCCUGCUCCACCAACAUGGACCUGGGACCUCUGCUGGGGUUCCUGCCUUUCAGCCUGCCACCCUACAGCCCCCACAUGGGGAUGGGAGGGUUAGUGAUGAGCUAUCCACCCACCACCACCACCACUUCCUCUCCAUCUUCCAACACUGGGCUGUCCUCCCAGGCCCCGGGGCCUUUCACCUUCUUCCAGCCUCCCCAGGUUCACGUACCCCAGGGCCCUGGAGCCCACAACCACAGCCAACUACCUCAGGCCUACAGCAGUCCUGCUAUGAGCACUUCCAGCUCCCUACCUCACUACUACCAGGCUUUUCAGCAGUGAGCAGCUCUGUCCCACAAACACUCAUGUUUCAUGAAAAGGGCAAAACAUCUGUAUUGUAAACCAGAUGUGUAACUUUAGCCUGUCUGUGUUUUUUAUGCUAAUCUUAGGAGUUUUUUGUUAAACACAACAGAUCACCUCAUCAGUAUUACCUCAUUACUUUAAAAGGAAGGUUGAACAUUUGAGGAAAUGUAGAGGGUCUCACUACAACCAAAACACUUACCUGUUCUUGUCAGACCUGUUUCCAACAGUGGACGCACUUCACACACGUCACACGUCUCAGGUGCUGAGUCAUUCAGGUUUAGCUCGUCAUAGAAACACUGUUAUUUCCCCCCUUGAAGAAAAGGUGACCCUCCUUACCAAAGCUGACUGACUGGAGCAUAAACAGCCUCACACAGAGGGGAGGGGCUGCUCAGUCACUGUCAUUGAGUGUCAGCGUGAUGACACAUGCAGUGAAGAGCCCCCCAGUCAUGAUGUGUCCCAGUGCAGCAGCUGGACACAUCAAACAACAUGUACAGAAUCAGACCUGUAAAUGUGUGAAGGUGCAGUCAGCACCAGUUACACUGUUAACCUGUACAUGUAAUAUAGGUACCUUUUGUCUUUUUGCUAUAUUCUGUAGCAUCAGUAGAUUAGAAAGCACUUAAGUUUCCCUCUCAGCAUCGUAGCUCAUUACAGGUCAAAGUCAGUCACAGAGGCAGGAAGCUGGAGUUCAGACAGAGAUGCUGCUGACACCACGUGUCCCUGAACUCCACACACUGAAUGAAAUCUAUGAGGUAUUAUUCAUAUUCAUACAAUUUAGUUGAGACACACACACACACACACACACACAGACACACACACAGACACACACACACACACACACACACAAGUUCCCCUCCCACACAUGAUAGACACGAGCUGUGAUGUCCCUGUCUCACACUCACUCAGGUGUGUUGUCACCUGGUCGUAGGUCAUCUGUUCAGUGACUAACUGUCCAUGUUCCUGAAAUCAGAGACUCAGCAUCAUGCUUCUCUGAACAUACUGUAAAUUUCCCCACAGAUCUAUGCAGAGAAAGGUGUUAUGGGUAACUAGGUCGCAGAGGAGCCAACGUGCACACUGCAGAUGCGCAUGUCUAUCUGACCAGAUGAAAACAAAUGUAAAUGUUCUACAAGUGUAAAACAAAAAUGUUAGAUCACCUGCAGCCAAAACCUGAAGUGCUAACUGUCACUGCCAUCAUUGUUUUCCAGCUCACCUGUCCACCUGUCUGCUCACACCUUGUGUCAUAGUGAGGAACAUACAAGCACUUUGCAAAUGUUUAUCUAUACAUUCAUACAUUUCAUACAUACAUACAUACACACACACACACACACACACAUAUAUAUAUAUAUAUAUAUAUAUAUAUAUAUAUAUAUAUAUCCAGUCAUGUCCUAUUCCAUAUGUCCCACAGUUGCAGCCCUGGUCACAUGAACUGACCCAGGGCUCUUGGGACAUCAUUAAAAUAUGAGCAGCAGGUGUAACUGACCGACCUACUUUGAAUGCAGCAUGAAUUCAGUGAAGGCCUUCCAGAGCACUUGUAUCUGUGUCCUUUUACUGCUGGUGUUGACCACAGGAGCUUCUGAUGGGGGUGGGACCGAGUAGGACUGAGAGUGGACCCCCCCUCAUGUCCCAGCUCAGGAGAGGAGCAGCUGGUCCUUUAACAGUCUCAGUGCAGCAUGACAAGAAUGACACCAGCAGCCUUCACUGAUGGACGCUCCACUCCUGAAGGUGGUCACUGUGAGUGAUGUCAGAUGUUUAGAGAGAGCUGGUCAUGUGACACUCUCUCUCCCGCCUUAAUUCCACAAAGUGUUGCCUCAGUGUUGCACCAAUGUCUUAAAAUGCUACUGUCGUGCCUCUCUAAGAGCAUCUGAUCUCUGGACUGGGUUUAAGCACUUAUGACAUUUUUAAAAAGGAUGAAUCUGAUCUGUACCUCACACAUGCAGAAAUGUGGGUUUCUGUGAUUUCUAUUUGCUUUUAGUUAUUUUGGCUCUUACUUGUGCCAUUAGAUUUAAACUAUAAAGGUAGAUUUUGUGAAUCUAAACUCUUUAUCUAGUGGCAGACAUUGACAUGAUAAUUCAGUAAAACUUUCUACCUCUACCUUGUCAUAUAUCUUUCUGCAAAAAUCAUUAGAAAUAGUUUUAACCAGUUAGGCAGUUUGUACCACUGAAGAUUGGGCUGUGUUCGAAAUUGAGCUCUGAAGGACCAGGUUCACACUCCAGGUCCUGGUUUUGUGUUCCAGAGUCAAACAUAGUCCUCUGUACUUGCCUUUAAUGAUAUUUCUACUUAUUUACUACCUCAGAGAAGAGACAGGAGACUGUCUGUCUAACUGCAGAGAAGAUGACUGUGUAUAGUUUAUUUUUGUCAGGACAAGCACAUGUACUUUGUAGCUCUAUAGUUUUUACUGAGGUUAGCUCACAGCAUAACCAAGUCUAGCUCAACAAGAACCACGUGUGAUGUUGUGUUGUGGUGCUGCGCCUCUGCCUCUCCAGUCUGGAAUGUGUGUGGUGUUAAUGUACAGGUGUGUUCAGGUACUGUCCUCCUCACUGCUCUAAUCACGGUCCUGUUCUUAUGAUGUGUUUUUAUGAAGAACUUCUCCUCUGCUUCUUUACAUAUCAUUGUAACAUGUUUACUUCAGUCAGACAAGAGAAGCAGUGUGAGCACAUCAGUUUACAGAACAGUGAAUAGAGAAGAACUAACUCAGCCUCCACUCCUGUCUGAUCAUCAGUGAUCAGCUGCUGCAGCGUCUGGACACACCUGGCUCAGGGAACAUCAGCUGGGACCUCCCCUCUGUUGUAGUAUCACAGCUACACUAUCAGACUUUUGGGCCCCUCGCUGCCCCACAGUCUGAUAGUGUAGCUGUGAUGGUGGGUCAUUUGGUUCAUUAUAAACUGAAUAAUCAGAUCACAUGACUACAAACACAGGGUGGGUGGGGCAGACAGCAGGAGUGUGACCAAUAGCAGGCCUCCUUGUUUUCAGUGACUCAGGGACCUUCACUCAUUUACAUGUUACAUCAUUAUGUUGGGACAUGUCUGCUGUUGUGAUGUGUGUACACCACCUAGCACCAGGUGAAGCAUCCCAGACUGACCACAGAGAGGCGGAGCAGGUGGAGGACACAGGUUCACUUGAUGAUCUGUCAGUACUGUCUGUUCCCUGCAGGAGGCUCGGCUCAGAGAACCGCCACCACUCAGGUUUCAUCAGCUGUAACGUAGACACGUUUUGCUUUAGCUGUUUGUAUUAUCACUUAAUAGACUAGAGUACAGUGAAAAGAAAAGGAGUUGUCGUUUUCUAAUUAUCUGAACAUAAAGUAAUACAAAAUAAAUAAAUCUUUAGAUUUCA